UUAAGGAGUGGUUGCUGGCAGACAGUGAUAAACCACAUCAGAGACGACCUCAGUCACUCUCAUUUCACCUGAGAUUAUUAACCUGCCACCUCUAAAUCAACAUAAACCUUUGUCAAAUAUGUCUAACUCUGAACAAAAAAUCGAGGGGUCCACACUGGAAAAGGUAGAAGAGAAGCCAACAGAAUGUGAGGAGGAGAAGAAGGAGUCUAACCAGCCACCACUGACUGCAGCAGGUGUUGAGGCUGCAGAAGAAGCCAAACUUCGCUCAAAGUACCCAAGUGUUGGUCGGCCUAUGGCUGGACACUCUGCUUUCUUACAAAAGAGGCUUACCAAAGGGCAAAAAUACUUUGACUCGGGAGACUACCAAAUGGCCAAGCAAAAGUCAGCUAGUAACAAAUCACGAAUGCCACCACUUCUAGCUCAGCCUACCGGUGAAGCUAUUCCUACUCCCGAGUCUGUGCCUGUACGGAAGACAUCCAUCAUCCACAGCAAAUUAACUUCUGCAUCAUAAGUCAUGCCUGACCCAAUGACCUUUCUUUAUCCAGUUACUAUUUAGUAGGUCAAGGGAAGAUGAUGGUGACCCAGACAUGUAUCUUAUAACUAGGGGUAUAUUUAAUGAAGCCACCAUUCUGGUACAUGCUUUAUCUUGAAACAUCCAUGGAUCCCACAAAAAUGGUUCCAUAUAUGCUGAUUUUAAGCAGACUCCCAUGCUUGCAUUGUACAGAGGUGGAGCUAAUUAUCUGGGUAAUUAGAAUUAGUGUUAUCUUCCCUCAACCUGCUGGACUUCAUACUUCUCCAGUAUGAUGCAAGCUUCCCACUCACAGGAGCACAUAUGUUGCCAAGUCUGUGUUGGGUCAUAUCAAGGGCUUUUUUGUCUAUCAAGGGUUCCUUAGUACUUAUACAGAGUGGAGACUGAUUACUGAGGAAAAAUUCCUUUGCACAUUUUGAUGAUUGCAUUACCAUUUGAUACAUUUUACCUUUUUUUAUUUGAUCAGUCCAUAAUUACUGGGUGAUACAUGUAAUCAAAAAUUUCUUCAUUUUGAAGAGUGUCUAAGAUCCCUUGUAGACUUUUUAAUGGCUUUAGCUGAAAGCAGAAAAUUCUGCUUAAGCAACUUUUCAAAGAUUAUAACUUUUCUAAUAGCCAUUUUUGAGCUGGAGAAGCAAUAUGUGGAAGAACCGUGUUUUUCUGCCUCAGUGAUAUAAAAUAAUGUAGUGUUGUAACAGAAUCAUAAGUUGUGUGCCCAUCUCUGACUCGUUAACAUUCAGGGACUGUUAAGGACUUGCAUUCUGCUUAUCAGUAGUUUUUCUUUAUCCAGCAUUAUUUCAACUCUGCUUCAAAUUAUAUCUUGUGUUAUCCAAGACAUGUUCAUCCCUUUAAUGACAAUUGAGUUAAACAACACCAUUUAAUUAUUCUUUGAGUAAUUUGUUUUAGAUUGUUUUUAAUAUUUAUACUGUACAUUUAAAAUCCAGUUAUUUGAGAAAUAGUAAAACAAAAGUGGAUGGGAUGAGAAGUGUGAUUGACAGUAUGUAAGUUCAGUGUGUAGACCUAAUAUGGAGUUGCCAAAUUGUAUGAGAAGCACUGGGCUGUUUACCAUCAUUGUUCCUUUACAAAGCGUUACAUAGAUUUCAGAAGUAGCUAAAUAAACGAUUCAUUCCUUUAUAACAUGCAUCACAUUUUAAAUGAUUACAAUAAUUAUGUGUGGCGUAGAUAUUUUCUGUAAGUCUUUCAUAUUAAACAUAUUUAUUGUAACAUAAAUACUGUAGUGAUUGGGAGCAGAAAACUUAGCCAAGAACUAGUGAGAUUAAGCUUGUGAGUGGAUUUUGCCAAACCUUCCAAUAACUACCUAACUCACAACUCUCCCUGGUCAUAUAUAACUGCUGAAAGCUAUAGUAAUGCAAUUAUAUAUUUUUAUCCAAUAUCAUGGUAAUUGUGUAUAUGGGUUUGUCAUAUGUGGGAAGAACAUUAUAUAUUAUUAUGGAUGUAAAUUUUCAAUGAAGAUAGACUUAUAGUUCAACCUUGUUUUUAUGCCAUUUCAGAAUUUAUUAGUUGCUUGUAUUGUGUGUCAAACUUUUAUCCAAAUAUCAUCUUCUCCUGUAAAAACAAAAUUGGUGAAAUAAAUCAACAUUUAGUUUUGAAGACUGGCAUUCUUUAAAAAAUCUUUCUCCCCCAUUUUUUUAUUUAUUUUUUAUUUUAUUUUUUAAUUUUUUUAGUGUAGGUUAGGCAGGUGCAUCUGGACUUAGGAAUAUUUUUUUUGUCUUGUCACGUACUGUACUGCAUUAACUUGGUAAAUUAUUUAAUGUACCUGUACUGUGAAUUUGUCCUAGCAGAAUAACUUAGUUAUGAAUGAAGUUUGGUUCACAUUUUAUUUGGUACAGAGAUUGGUCAUGACAUACUGUACUAUACCAUGGCUGUGUUAUUCUAUUCAAGAUAACAAAAUAAUUAUAUCAGAGAAGGAUGUGGGUAAACACUCCAUUGAAUGCUGGUUAGAUAUAUUUCACUUUUAGAGUUAUAUUUCACAUUAAAGUACAGUAGUAAUAAUACACAUGUGCAUUAAGAUAGAAUGGAAGGUUAUGAUGCCUUAUUCUGAAGUGUGAUUUGUUGCUCACUUGUACCCAAAGUGACUCGGCUAUUUUUUUUCCAAUUAAAGGAAUCCUUCCAGUUACUGUAGUUGUAAGGCAGAUUUUCUCUGAUGAGUGCUAAGACUGUGUGUGACUCAAUCAGAAAAUUCACAUUUGUAUUGGUUCCCAUUGAAAGUAGGUUUACAGUAAGGAAGCAUAAUAUCACCAAGGUUGUUCACUAUUCUCAUGGAUGGAGUACAUUAGGUGAAGAAGUGAAAGCAUAAGUACUAAAUUGAUGAGCAUUGUUGGUAAAUAUGAAAACAACUUAUAGAUGAAAGUUGAGUUACUGUGGUUGCUUUUCACAGAUAAUGCAGAAGAAAAAUUACAAUUAUCCAUGAAUGCAUUUGGUAGAGUGUGCACUAGGAAAAAGUUAAAAAUUAAUAUGAAUAUUAAUAGUGACGAAAAUAAGUACAGAAAAGAUUAAUAGAUAUUAGCUUGGUUAAAGAUAUAAUGAAGCAAGUGAGGUGUUCAGAUAACCGGGAGUACAGUAGAUGUGUUGGCUAUGGGAACAAUGGAUGAUGAAAUACAAAGGGAAAGAAAGUAAUGGUUGCAUUAAAAUAUGUAGAGAGGAAAGUCUAUCAAAGGAAACAGUCGGGCUGCAUAGAGCUGACAUUAUGAGUGAAACGUGGACUCUGGGUGCAAUAGAAGGAAGCAGUUAGAAGUGACUAUGAUGACAACUUGGAGAGCAAUAUGUGGAAUAAAUGGGAAGUAAAAAUAGGAUAUUAAAAACUCGGCCACUUGAAAUAACCUGUGGCUUAGUAAGACCCAAUUUUAAUGGAAAUGAAGGUUGUGUCCAAAGCUUAAGGUGCAAUAACUUUGGGGACUAUUAGGACAUGUGCGCACAUUAACCCCAUUCUAAUUAUAUAAGAUGUUUAGAGCCCAUUGGGCCCCAUGCUUACUGGCACAUUGAGAUUACGGCUGUCUUCACUUUUCAUUGAAAUUGGUUCUCGUGCCUCCCCCCCUUUUUUUAAAUUUAAGACCUGCAUAAAUAAAUUCAGAAAAAUUGCAAUAGUAACCAGACUGAUCAUGCAUCAACAAAUCUAGUCAUGGGAAAAUUUAGUGGGUUUUAUGAUCAGGAAACAUCCCUAUCCCCCCAAAAAAUCCAUAAAUAUGCAAAUUUUGUGCCUCUCUUUUCACCUAAUUAAUCUGCUUUAAUUGGGGGUUUACCAUUCAUGAAUUGGACUGAUGUAAGGGUAUGGUAGACGUGAUAGACUUGACAAGGGUUUGCCAAGAUGGGAUGGACACAAUGAGAGAAUUAAGUGAAGGAAUGUGGUAAAGAUUCUAAUUCAGAAUGGAUGGUUCGAGUGAGCUGGAAAUAUAAGGUAAAGGAAGUAGUACCAGAAGCGAAAGGAAUAGACAUCAAGGAAAUAGCGUUGUGUUGGAGGGAUAAUCUGUCUUUGCUCUUGAUUCUGGUCACCUUACAAUGUGUGUAAGAGGGGGAACCCUCUUAAUACUUGAUUUGAUAUUUGAAUUUCUUAACCUUUGUAGAAUAAACCUUUUCUGAAUCUUUCCUUUUUGAACAAAAGUUUACUGUUGGAUAAGUUUGUGUUAUUAGAAGGAAAGUGUUUUUCCUGACUCGUGUUCUACCACUAAUUUUCCCCAAUUAAAAUUCACUGUAGCCUAAAUUAGUGGUCUGCUUUGCAUUUUCAACAACUAGACAAUAGUGUACCAGUAUAAGUUUUGUUGUUUUGAAUAAAUUUCUGUAUCCUUU